CCACAAAACAACAUACUCUCUCUCUGCUGAUCAAAAAAAAAAAACAUACUCUCUCUCUCUCUCUCUCUCUCUCUCUCUCUCUCUCUCUCUCAUUCACUACCAAUCUAACUUCUCCCUCUCUCUUUCUCUCUCUCUCUCUCUCUCUCUCAAAUGGCUCCAGCAACUUCACUUUUUGUCGAAAACCCAAUUGAAACUCCUUCUCAAGCAUCAAAGAGAAUAAGCGUCAAAGCACUGGUGGAAUCUCCUGGUCUCGCGUCCAUCCCUUCUAACUAUUCCUACUCUUCGAAUCCUAACGAAUCUGCUGCUUCUAACCCCGAUGAAGAUACAUUCCCCAUCAUCGAUUUCUCGUUGCUUACAUCUGCUGAUCCUCAUCAACGCUCCAAAAUCAUCCAAGAUCUCGACAGAGCCUGUCGAGAAUGGGGUUUCUUCAUGCUGGUGAACCAUGGCGUUUCAAAGAGCUUGAUGAAGGAAGUACUGGAAGGAUGCAACGAAUUCUUCAAUCUGCCGAUGGAGGAGAAGAUGGAAUUCGAAGGUAAAGACAUUUGGCAGCCCAUCAGGUUCGGCACCGGCAUCGAUGUCAAGGUUGAGAAAUUCUUCUCCUGGAGGGAUUUCUUGAAGUGCUAUGUCCACCCUCAGUUCAACUUCCCCAACAAACCCAAAGGUUUCAGCGACGUUGCGCAAGAAUAUACCAAAAGAAGCCGAGAAGUGAUUAAGGAGCUGCUGAGAGGGGUAUCGGAAAGCUUAGGAUUCGAAGGGUCCUACAUAGAGAAGGCAAUGAAUUUGGACUCCGGUUUGCAAAUAUUUGCAGCGAACCUCUAUCCGGUUUGUCCGCAACCAGAAACUGCAAUGGGCAUCCCUGCGCAUACCGAUCACGGCCUUUUAACCCUACUCAUCGAGAACGAUAUCGGGGGCCUGCAAAUUCAGCACAACGGAGAGUGGUUCAAUGUGCAUCCACUUCCCAACUCUUUCUUGGUUAACACUGGUGAUCAUCUCGAGAUACUGAGCAACGGGAGGUACAAGAGCAUCAAGCACAGAGCAGUUGUCAACAACAAAGCUACAAGGAUAUCGAUAGCCUCACCACUUGGACCGUCGCUCGAUACGGUGGUUAGCCCAGCACCAGAGCUGAUGGAGCGCGAAAAUCGCCCGGCAGCGUUCUUGCCGAUGAAGUAUAAGGAAUAUAUGGAUCGCCAACUCGAGGGGAAACCCGUAUCUGACAGUGUUCGACUCCCAGUUGCUUAGUUCGGAUGUUGAGCUAGCUAGUUAGCCUAUGUAGUAGUUUACUCUCCUCCAUAUAAUAAAAUUACAUGUACUUUGUCUUGUGUAUUGGAUGAUUAUAUGAAAAUAAAAUGGUUGCAUGCA